AUGGAAACGAGAGAAGUCAAUCGCGAGGUGGUGGGACGAAAAGAAGAAGAGGGAAAAUGCUCGGUAAAGAAGGGAAAAUGGCGACGUCCUUGCUUCGUUUUUUUAACCUUCAUCAUUUAUGUCAUCAUUGGUACCUUUUCCUUCGGAAAGCUCGAAGGCCCAGCAGAAAUAAUCCGCUGCAAAGAAUCUCAAAGGGCGCUUGUUGAAAUGCGGGAUUCCUUCGAGAUCAAUUCCGACGGGCAAUUCGUCCUGUCCGAAAAGAACCUAACGGAUAUCAUCGCAACGGCAGAGGAAUACGCAGGAAAAGGCGUCCCUAUUUCUAUGUUCAAAGAAGAUCCGGAGGAGCCUUGCCCGAUGAACUGGACACCUAAAAGCGCUGUAUAUUUCGUGAUGACCGUCGUGACCACUAUUGGUUACGGAAACACUGCGCCUAAGACUGUGGGAGGCAGAAUUUUCUUUAUUUUUUAUGUGAUACCGGGAAUCGUUCUUUGCGGCGCUCUUCUUGGAGAAAUCGCCAAACUCUAUACAUUUAUUCGGAAGAAAAUAAGACGACGCUUCGAAAAGAUUCCUCUUUUUCUGAAAUUUCUCUUCGUCCUUCUUUUCGGCAUUGGCUUCUUCAUCUGCAUCCCUGCCAUGAUCGUUUGCUUGGUAGAAGGCUGGACCUAUUUUGAGGCUCUGUAUUUCAUGGUGGUUACGUUUACUACUGUUGGAUUCGGGGAUUAUUCUGUUACCCCAGGAAGCAACUAUCAAUUUGGCAUUGUGAUUUUCAUUUAUCUCGGCCUCGCUUGGUUGGGAUCAAUCAUCGGCGCGAUUCAAGAAAAGCUCGAAAACCGACUCGAAUCUUCAGAAAACAACAACGAGGAUUAA